ACCUUUCGUCAUCCGCGCGUUUCCCGGUUUGCCGGCCUGACCAGCAUAGUUCAGUCCACUGCAACGUGGAUCCCGACUGGUGGAUGCAUGCAGCUGUUUACAAAACUCCUGCCUUCUGUUAGCUAUCUCAUAGUAAGAUCAACAAUAACGGUACAGUCCAGACAUCUCCUAGUCUACCGAUCCUCUCAACAAGCUAACCAACGAGUCAUCGCUCAAGCGAAGGUCGCGACCGCUUCAACACGAGAUAAGCCCACCCCAAACUACACGAUGUCUUCUGCCGAUGUCGAAACCAUUCUUGCCCCCCUGCGACAAUCAGUGAAAGAUCAGGGAGACUUGGUGCGGAAGCUGAAGGAAGCGAAGUCUCCCAAGCUGGAGAUUGAUGAAGCUGUGAAGGAGCUGAAGAAGAGGAAGAAGACUCUGGAGGAAAAGGAGAAGUCCCUGGCUCCUCCAGAUGAAGCCUUCAACCGUGCUAAGAUGGAGGACCUGUUGAAGAGGCGUUUUGUCUAUGAUCAGGCCUUUUCUCUCUAUGGAGGAGUGACAGGCUUGUUUGACUUCGGGCCGAUUGGCUGUAUGAUGAAAACCAACAUCCUGACCAUGUGGCGCUCGCACUUUGUCCGCGAGGACGGAAUGCUGGAAGUGGAGACCACCAUGCUCACUCCUUACAAUGUCUUAAAAGCCUCUGGUCAUGUGGACAAGUUUGCUGACCACAUGGUCAAGGAUCUCAAAACUGGAGAGUGUUUUAGGGCUGACCACUUACUGCAAGCACAUAUGGAGAAACUGCUGGCUGACAAGAAAACACCUGAGGAUACCAAGGCCAAGUGUAGGGAGUACAUGACCAGGUUGGAUGAUUUUAACAAGCAGCAGCUGACAGAGAAGUUCCAUGAGCUGGGUGUGAAGUCUCCCACCAACAACAACGACCUGUCUGACCCCAUGGAGUUCAACCUCAUGUUCCAGACACACAUCGGCCCUGCUGGGCUGCUGCCAGGGUUCUUGAGGCCGGAGACUGCACAGGGAAUCUUCCUGAACUUCAAGAGACUGCUGGAGUUCAACCAGAACAAGCUGCCAUUUGCAGCUGCACAGAUAGGGGUCUCUUUUAGGAAUGAGAUUUCACCACGCUCUGGGCUCAUCAGAUGCAGAGAGUUCCCCAUGGCUGAGAUUGAACAUUUCCUGGACCCAGAUGAGAAGGACCAUCCCAAGUUCUCCUCUGUAGCAGACCUGAAGGUCACCCUGUACUCCGGUAAGAUGCAGGUGUCAGGGCAGUCUCCACAGGUCACCACUCUGGGAGAGGCUGUCAAACAGGGAACCAUUGCGAAUGAGUCCCUAGGUUACUUCAUGGGGCGCAUCUUCCUGUUCAUGACCAAGGUCGGCGUCCACCCCGACAAGCUGCGCUUCCGCCAGCACAUGGAGAACGAGAUGGCUCACUACGCCUGCGACUGUUGGGACGCCGAGUGUAAAACAUCCUAUGGUUGGGUUGAAUGUGUAGGGUGUGCAGACAGGUCGUGUUUUGACUUGUUACAACACAGCAAGGCCACCAAGACUGCCCUGUGUUACUCCAAACCACUGCCUGAACCUGUCAUGGUGGAUGUCACCGAGAUCGAGCCCCAGAAAAGUGUCCUCGGGAAGACGCUCAAGAAGGACGCCAAGCCUGUCACAGAGCAUCUGCAGUCACUGCAAGAAGAGGACAUCUUGCAGCUGGAGAAGGAACUGCAGGACAAAGGGGAAGCUGUUGUGAGUGUAAAGGGGAAGGAUGUCUCCAUCAAACCUGACAUGAUCAAGGUCAAAAGAUAUCAGAAGAAGAAGUUUGUUGAGGAAAUCACCCCUGGAGUUAUCGAGCCGUCAUUUGGAAUCGGUCGGGUGAUGUACGCGGUGCUGGAGCACAACUUCCGCAUGCGGGAGGGCGACGAGCAGAGAACGUUCUUCUCCCUGCCUGCCAUGGUGGCUCCCUACAAGUGUUCAGUCCUGCCUCUCAGUGGGAAUGAAGAGUUUGUUCCCUUCGUCAAGCAGCUCUCUGAUUCCUUGACCAAAGCGGACAUUUCCCACAAAGUGGAUGAUUCUUCUGGCUCCAUCGGGCGUCGCUACGCCAGAACGGACGAGAUCGCCAUUCCAUUUGGGAUCACGGUGGACUUCGACACAGUGAACAAGGAGCCAUCAACGGUUACACUUAGAGAGAGAGACUCCAUGGGACAAGUUAGAUUACCAAUUGACGACGUACCUCAGGUUGUGUCGGACCUCUCAGCAGGAAGAAUCACCUGGGCUGAUGUAGAAAAUAAGUACCCCAAGUUCCAGGCCCAGGAAACAUCGCGAUCCGAUGUCUAGUCUUGAUAUGACUGGCAUUUUAGGCAAAAAGUGGCAACAGAGGACUUUAAAGAAAUUUUUGCAAUUCACCCAGCAU